AUGUGGGUUGAUACGGCUUCGCUGAAGAUUCUCGGAGUUAUGGAUAGAAAUUUGGAGAUUGAGGAGGACUACUGUAAGAAAUAUGGAAAUGGGACUGGCGUUUAUGAUCCAAAAGAAUCGCCAUUUACUGGCUGGGACAACUUCUACUAUCUUUGUAUUUUCUCCUUGAUUGCAGGCACAACUUGGUACGCUAUAUUCUUCAACAGAGUCAAACAGCUUCAAAAAACUCCAGUCGAAGAAUUUCGUUUGGAGAAGAAAAGUGAAAUCUUUUUGAACGAAAAUGACAAUAAAUAA